CAACAACUAAAUUAGUGAUGCUGCGAUAACACUUAGACACUUACUGUUAGUACCUGUUACUCUGUGUCAUGUGUUGUGUAUGACUAUGACUGUCAAGUAGUCACGUUGAUAAACGAUACAGGUCUAAUGGUAGGUGUGUGUGGAGUUAAAACUUACAUUACAAAUACGUACAGGCUACAGUGUGUAGCAGGACAAAUAAGAGUAUCGUUCUGCAACAAGUGUGUUUACUUCAACUGGCUACGUGAUGUAUUAAGUGUUACAAGAUGAUGGAACAGUACCAGGACCUGUGGACGGAGGUGUCCAGGACUUAUCACGUUCAUGAGGAAACUCUUUUGUACACCAAGAAAUGUCUGGAACUGAGCAGAACGCCCAGCUCUGAGAUGUCGAUAGAAGAAGCUAGAGACUACGCACUAAACUUUAACCUAACAGUCAACGGGUACGUCUCCUUUCAAGGCCAGGAGACGGACAUUGUGAUACCGACAGCAGACAAUCAGGCUGGUGUCCCCGUAACGGUAUACUGCCCUGCAUGUAGGCCACCCUCUCCUCCAGUCCUGGUUUACUUUCACGGCGGAAGUCUCAUAAUGGGCAGCCGAAGAACUCACGAGAACUCGCUCAAAAUCAUUUCCGGUCGAUCAGGGGCCAUCAUCAUCAGCGUGGAGUACCGCCUCCUUCCUUGCCCGGAGAAUCCCAUGGCUCCGUUCACUGACGCGGUAGAGGUCACUGAGUGGGUUCUGAAAUACAGAGAUGCUGUUGGUGGGACAUCUAAAAGUGCUGUGGGUGUGGGUGGAGACAGCGCCGGAGGACAGAUCGCAUGCUGUGUAGUUAAUAACGUCACCGGAAUAGAUUUUCAAGUCUUGAUUUAUCCGGUGACAGACUUUGCAUGCCAUCUUCCAUCGUUUCAAGAGUUCAGGGACAUUCCUGCUUACAACACAGAAGCGUUCGAAAGGCGUCUUAGUAUCACAAACACACCUGUUCCUGACGCGGCAACCAACCCAAAAAUGAAUCCAUCUGCAAAAAAAGACCUCACAAUGACGCCACCCACCUUAGUCAUAAGCGCUCAGCUUGACCCCCUCAGAGAUUCUUGUUGGGCUUAUACUCAGAGAUUAACCUCUGCAGGGGUCAAAGUUCAGCAUGUACUGGUGGAAGCAGUUCCUCACGGAUUUUUCGCACUGCCCGGUAUUUUUAAGACUAAAUCGGAAGAAGCCUUCAGCCAUGUCGUAAACUUCCUUCGAUUAGUUUAUUCUUUCAGAAUUGCAGCGCAAGCAAAAUAAAGAACAAAAAAAAAAAGUUUACGUGUGAAUAUAAUUGAUAUGUAUUAUUUUAAAUAAUAAUAAUUAAGCGUCUAUGGAAGUUAUCUAAAAUAACAAUAUACCCCAUUGUUCUAUCAAUCGAGGGGAUAGGCCUACUGACAACUGACCUCAUCGAUACCUUCAAGGCCCGUUAAAUAUUAUUAAUUGUCAACUAUUCUUCGCAAGCGCAUUUAUUUCAAUGUUCAUUGUCUCUUUCUCCUUACAAAUAUUCAGAUAUAUCAAAAAAUAAUAAGAUUAACGAGGAAUACAGUAUUUCACGUGGAUUCGCAAUCCCAGUUGCGACCUACAUAUUUUGCCACAUCCAGUACAGACAUAGCCGUUGUUCGGCGUAGUUGAUUUAGGUUGUGUUUUCGCCGUCUACGUCUGUCAUCGCCAUUGGGGUUUUCUUUUGGUCUGAAGUGUAUCCCAGUAUCUCACGGCCUUAGUGAGAACCCUCCCCCUUCCCCAGCUGACUCUUUCAGCAGCCGGCUUCUGCACUCUUCGAUGUCAGUUAAAGCAAGUUGACGCCUAAGCUGAUCUUUAAAGCGUUUCCGGUGGGCAUCUCUGUUAUGACUUUCAUCUCACACACACACACAAAUAGCCUUUGGCAUUGAGUCAUCUCCCCUAUUCCAUACGUGCCCUGCCUAGUGUAGCAGUCGAACUUUACUUUAAGCAGUCCCUCUGUAAUGUCCAUACCGGAAUUCGCAAGAACAUGUCUUAUUGCGCCGAAUUGCGGUGCGGUUUUGCCAUCGUAUGUUCAUGAUGGUGAUAGCGUUUAGGAAGCCUUUGCUGUUUUCUAUAUAGUAGCCAAGUCUCAGAUCCACAAAGAAAGGUUGAGAUAACUACUGCUUGGUUGACCGUAGACACUGAUAUUUUUGUAAGACUUGAUAUUUUUCAACCAAAAAAUUUCCUCCCAAACACAUUCGAAUCCAACUCAACCUUUCAUGUUAUUUACAAAGUUCGGGUCUCCUUUUUUUUAUCCAGUGCUUCUUAUUCAUUAAUCUUUCAAAACAAAUUAAUACAAUAAGAACAACUAAAGAAAUGCCACAAGGUUACGUAGGACGUAAUUAUCUUCUGCUAAGGAGGAACGUCUGUAAUUAUAAGAUAUCUUAUCUUAUAUAAUACAGACGUUACUUCAAAAAAGAAGAUGAUUACGUCCUACGCGUCAUGCAUUUAGUCAUGCAUAUUAACCAAUGACUUAAAUUCUGCCAAGUCACUGGUUUUCCUGGCUAGCUCAGGCAACCCAUUCCAUGCUCUAAUAGCACUAGGGAAGAAGUAGUAUUUGUACAAAUUUGUCCUAGCAUAUGGGACGAGGAAUGUGCCUUUAUCUUUGUGUCUUUCAGAGUAUUUUAUUAAAUUUUGUUUUUGUAUUUGAAGAUUAUGGUUCAAUGUUUUAUGUAUAAUUGCUACUUUACGUUUGAGUCUUCUGUCCUGAAGGCUUUCUAAAUUUAGUGAUUAAACUAAAGGUGUUACUCUAGUCAAAAGUGAAUAUUCGUUUGUUAUGAAUCUCACUGCUCUAUUUUGUGUCUGUUCCAGUUUCUUAAUGUUUUCUUGAGUUGAGGGAUCCCAAACGGAGGAUGCAUAUUCUAUAGGGUUUGUUGCUGAACAUAAAAAUUAUAUCUGUGUCAGACGCGAAUAGCCCAAUUUUUAGUAAAAGAAAUUACAAAGUCAUUUCUCUAUAGAAGAAGUUACGAAGGCUAUAUAAAAUACAACCACAGACCUAUAGAUAUAGAUAUAUAAUAAUAAUAAUAAUAAUUGUCUUACAAUUUGUGCAUUACACUACACUACAAUAAAUAUAGGUUUUUGAUUUCUAGUUACGAUUUAUUUAGGUAGGUGCUGUUUUACUAUUACAUACCAAGUAUUAGAGUUUAGAAAAACCCAGGUUUGUUUCUUGUACAAUGCUAUCAGCUAACACCUCAUAUCAUCUCUCCAUUAGUAUAUUUAGAUCUAUAAUCUAAUUCUAGUCUAGAUCUAUAUAUAAAAAUCGAAUAGAUCUAGAUCUAGUAAUAGUAUAGAUUCUAUCUUGAGACUAGAUUGCCGAGUCUAGCCUUUGCUAUGCCUAUAGUCAGUUUUUAUUAGAAAAAUUUUCAGAUAUUAAUAAAGACUAAAGUUUUUUCAUGGUAAUCAUGAAUGUGAGCGUCAAAAAUUAUUUUUCGCGACAUUCCUUGUCUCUUCCUGGCCAAAUACAAAUCCAGAUUUGUUUAUCAAAAAUAAUUUUGGCAUCAUUAAGUGCUGCCAACUAGAAAUGAGAAACACCCAUAAUGUACAGAUGUAUUAAUGUUAGACAAAAUAAUUUAGACCACAAUAAAAUAGUUCUUUUUUUUUU